AUGUCAAUCAACAAUAUCAUCCCGGGUCUCGUUCCGAUUCUCACUUUUGAUAUAGGGGACGAUUUGCCAUUGCCGACACAUGAAUUUCUGCCCAACACAAGGGUAGUGGUAUACUUUCCUCGUGACAUUUAUCAGCUGUUAGAGGUGUCACUUGGGGGGCCGCCCAAUCUAAUAAAUGCAUUAUUGCCGUCGUCUGUAGAAGUACAGCUUGACAAUGGCGCUUCAGGCGUGUGUUAUCGUGGUCGAAUAAGUCCGCAGGACCCAAUGAUACCCCCACAAUUUCAUGAGAAUGUGUAUGGACCUUAUCAAGCGCCGAGUGGCAUGGAUUCAAGCUUGGAGCAUGGAACAGCAGCCCUUGGUACAGACUCUUCUGGCUUUGAGUCGACACCCCAUGACCUGAACAACCACGCUCCCCUUCAAGUUCACCAUCAUUUGUUGCCUCCGGAGCUGCCCUUGACCAUACAGUCAAUUUUUAUCCCUCCAGUAUCGAUUAGUACUACUACCACCUCCUUCAGCGCCCAACCAUCUUUCCUUAGUGGCAGCGUGACCUUACCUACAAUCCCCUCUGAAGAUCAUCAAGUCUCUCAUCAUUUGGGGUACGGAAUUGCCUACGGGCAUCAAAUCCAGCAACCAGGUUAUCCUCGGGCUUGUAUGGUUGAUGGUGUUCUAGUUGACGAAGAAGAACUUAGAAACCAGAAUACCGACAAUGGUUGCAUAGACGUCCAUGUAUGCAACCGCGAAGACUCUCCCUGUGGUCUCUGGGUUAAGACAGAUAGAUGCUCUAUCAUUUGCCACGGGCAGCGGUGGCAUGGGGACGCCCGAGGUGGUGGGGAUAGGAUAAUUACUUGCCCUUGGUCAGGUUGCAGCAGCUGGAUGCGGGCGGACACCAUCCCACGGCAUACUUUGAGCACUCACUUUGGUGCAGUGUGGACUUGCAGAGGCACAGGAUGUUCAAAAGUUUUCACGCAAUACCAUAGCUUCAUGGCCCACUCUCGGAAACGUGGUUGUCUUGCCGGGGCAACUGUGACGUACAACUCCGAUACUCGUGUCAUCAAUACAACAAGUAUCUGGCCUGCUACUGAGCCAUCACGGUUGACCGAUGAUCUAGAAAGCCUCAGCCUGUGCAUGUACAUUGCAAGGAAGCACUAUCACUACUACCUCGUCUAUCUUGUUGCGCAAAGUAUUGUCUCAUUACACAGUGACCAGGUUCAAACGUUCACGUUGCUGACAAGAAAUGGGGGGUCGCUCGUGUUAGAGCCCGGCCGCUAUGGUCGCAUUAUGAUGUAA